GUAACUUAAGUUUGACAAAAAUGGUUGUUUUUUAAAGUGUUUGGUUUGUUUAUUAAAUGAAAGUUAGCUGGAAGAAGCUUUCAGUGAUAUAUAUUAAUUAGACAGGUUCAAAGGGAGCCUGUUUCAAUGCGAUAUGAAUAGGAGAUCAACUGUUUGGAUAGGAGAUUUAGAUUCAAGUACUGACGAAGACUUUUUGGCUCAGUCAUUCAAGAUCUUAGGAGAACCACUUCUUAGUGUAAAAAUAAUUAGAAAGAGCACAGAAUCUUUAUGUUAUGGUUUUUUAGAAUUUCCAGACGAAGAAAGUGCUCAAAGAGUGUUACAUAGAUACAACGGGAAACCAUUACCAAACAACCCUUCAAAACGUUUUAAGUUGAAUCACGCAAAUUAUUCAAAGGACUCUGCUGCAUUACAGAAAGACUACUCUAUCUUUGUUGGUGAUCUUGCUCUUGAAGUUGAUGACUUGGCAUUGUUUGAUGCUUUUGCAGCCAGAUACAAGACUGUCAAGUUAGCAAAAGUGAUUUACGAUAAUUUUGGGGUCAGCAAAGGAUACGGAUUUGUUCACUUCACCAAUCAAUCGGAAUACGAAUCUGCCUUGAUUGAUAUGCAGAACACACAUAUAGGUUCGAAAACAGUUCGUGUUAGUACUGCUCAACAAAAAAGGCCAACAUCUUCAUCUAGUACACCCAGCCAAGAAGAACAGCAAUGGCAACAACAGUAUCCUGGUUAUGAUUACCAAAGUUACUAUGCUGCUUGGCAAAAUUACCAAGCUCAAAAUCCAUACUAUAGCUAUGAUCAGCGCUAUGGAGCUUACGGAGCAUAUCAGUAUCCGCAACAAUACUCUUAUGCAGAUCCACAGCAAGCAACUGCAGCUACACAAGCAGCUACUCAGCAGACUGCUGCAGCAUAUACUCAAGCUACAUAUGAAGCACCUGAAACUGCUAUAGAAGAACAUGAAGUUCCUCUUGAUGUAGAUCAAAUGAACGAAGAGUUGAUGCAAAGAAAUGAGGAAUUUUACACAGCUCUUGAUGAUUCCAGAUGGUUACCACUUGAUAAUUUGGAUCCUCCUCUUUUGCGUAUUAAAUGAUGUUUUCUUAGUAUGUAAAUAAAAUUCUUUUUUCAUUCAA